UUGCACACAUGAGUGCUGUCUUGCUAUAUAUAUAGUAGGAUGGUUGAAAGUUUAUUCUACAAAUUGAAGUUAAAAAUGGAAGUAUCUGAAGGGAAGGGAAAUAUGAGGGGGAGACUAUUCCUCCUCCUCAGCGCCAUUAUGAUGUGCAUCGGCGGCUGCGGCGGCGCUCUCCUCCUUCGACUCUACUUCAUCCGCGGCGGCAACAGAUUAUGGUUCUCCACUUGUCUUUCCACAGCCGGAUGGCCCAUCAACUUCAUCCCACUCGCGGCAGCCUACUACACGCGCCGCCGUCACACAACAACAACCGCUGCAAGCAUUUUCACGAUUACUCGAAACACAUUUUUGGCCGCGGCGGCGCUGGGCGUCCUGCUCGGCAUAAUCAACUACCUCUACACCUACGGCGUCUCGAAGCUCCCCGUCUCCACAUCCGCUCUCAUCGCCGCCUCCCAGCUGGCAUUCACCGCCGGCGGCGCAUUCCUCCUGGUGAAGCAGCGCUUCACGGCGUUCUCGGUGAACGCGGUGGUGCUGUUGACCUUCGGAGCCGGGGUGCUGGCUGUGGGGUCCAACGGAGACCGCCCCGCCGGGGAGUCGAAAAAGGAGUACGUGGCAGCGUUUCUGAUGACCCUUGCAUCGGCGGCUUUGUACGGGGCUCUUCUGCCGUGUAUAGAGUUGACUUACAUCAAAGGAAGACAGUCUUUAACCUAUACUUUGGUUUUGGAGUUUCAGAUGGUUAUGUCCCUCUUUGCCACUGCUUUUUGUACCGUUGGAAUGCUGGUAAACAAAGAUUUUCAGGCAAUUUCUAGGGAAGCCAGAGGAUUUGAGAUAGGAGAAGCAAAUUACUAUGUGGUUGUAGUGGUCACUGCCCUUAUUUGGCAGAUAUUAUUCAUCGGAGCCGCCGGAAGUAUCUGCUACGGAUCGUCUUUGCUCUCUGGCAUUAUCCUCGCUGCAACAAUAUCUCUGACGGAGGUAUUUGCGGUGGUAUUUUACGGUGAGAAAUUUGGAUCGGAAAAGGGGAUUUCAUUGACGCUUUCGCUGUGGGGAAUUGUAUCUUACUUCUAUGGAGAAAUGAAGAAUGGUGAUAAUAAUAAGAAAGAGGAACUUCAGAUUCAAGUGACUAAUAUGGAACCAAAUGAAACUCUUCCUAUGUAACAUUCUAUUGCUCCAUCUACAUCUACAUACAAAUCUAAUAAGAGCCAAUAUAGUUAAGCUUCCAAUGAGAUAUAAAAAAUAUUAGUGUGUAAUUGUUUGUUGAAAUGAAUUGUUCAUACUAUUUUGAUU